ACAGAUGCAAGUGCAACUGAUCAAACGCAGGGAUAAACAGAAACCUACUCGGGGAUCAACACGGGAGGGUAACAUGGAUCCUAGUCAAGAAGAACGAUUUGCAUUUCUUGCGGAAUGGUAUGACCCAAAUGCUGCCCUUCUAAGGCAGUAUCAAUUUCUGUUUUAUCCAAAAGAUCGGUCAGUUGAAAUGUUUGACAUGAAAAACCAUCGUACCUUUUUAAGAAGGACAAAAUAUGACGAUAUAAACCUGCAAGAUCUCUUUGUGGGCAACCGUUUGAACGUGUUUUCACGGCAGCUUCACUUAAUAGAAUAUGGGGACCAGUACACAGCAAGCAAACUGGGCAGCAGGAAAGAAAAAACACUUGCUAUGAUCAAACCGGAUGCUACUGACAAGAUGGGAACAAUAAUUCAAUUGAUCUAUGAUGCAGGCCUGACAGUUACCAAAGCAAAAAUGACCGCUUUGUCACGGAAGGAGGCCAUGGACUUCUAUGCAGAACAUCAGUCAAAGUCUUUCUUCAACAACCUUGUGCAGUUUGUAACCUCUGGCCCAGUUGUUGCCAUGGAGAUCCUGGGAGAUGAGGCUGUGACUGCCUGGAGAAGACUCCUGGGGCCAACAGACUCGAGUGUGGCACGAAACGAGGCGCCAGACAGCGUGAGGGCAAAUUUUGGCACAGAUGGCACCAAGAAUGCUGGGCAUGGUUCUGAUUCACUUGCAUCAGCAGCAAGAGAGCUGGAGUUUUUCUUCCCAUCAACUGGUCGUGGCCCAUCUAAUACUGCAAAGUAUAGUGACUGCACUUGCUGCCUUAUUAAGCCUCAUGCAAUUGCAGAAGGGCUUACUGGGAAGAUUUUUAAUGCGAUCAGUGAUGCCGGAUUUAAAAUAUCAGCUUUGCAGAUGUUCAAUAUGGACCGUGCAAAUGCAGAAGAGUUUUAUGAGAUUUACAAAGGAGUUGUCGCCGAGUACACUGGUAUGGUUGCAGAGCUGUGCUCUGGACCUUGUAUGGCAUUAGAGAUCCAUGGAUCAGAGGCUCCAAAGACAUUUCGAGAAUUCUGCGGGCCAGCUGACCCUGAAAUUGCCCGUCACCUUCGUCCCCAUACAUUGAGAGCUGUCUUUGGAAAAAACAAAGUUCAGAACGCUGUGCAUUGUACAGACCUGCCAGACGAUGGGAUUUUGGAGGUCCAGUAUUUUUUCAAGAUUCUGGAUGGAUGAACAAACCUCUGGACCACACACAUGCAUAUUUGCUACAUUUAAAUAAAAAAAAAGUACACCGUUGCAAAACAUAUAUUAUUUCUCCAUUUUAUUUGAUGUUUUAACUGGAUUAAAUAAAUGACCAACAGGAUUGCUUAACUCCUGACAAGUUUACAGAUGUUAAAACAUUGAUUUUUGCACUUUUACACCAAUAAAACAUCCUACAGCUUGGGGUACUACAUUGCUUAAACUUCCACUAAUCUUCCACCACUGACUUUGGUAUUAAUUAAACUUAUUUAUACAUUACACUUUUUCCUUGCAGAAAAAAUAAAAUUG